AUGGACCGGAGACAGCAACGUGAGGGGUUCUGGUCCAAGAUAAUUGCAGCCUUUCACGGCUCCAAAAUUUUCUUCUCUAAAGGAAUCCAAGCUGCAGUCUUGCUGGCCAUCUCUAUUUCCGUGCAAGCAUGGAACAGACUUGACAAAGACAACGCAGCUCUUCUCGUAAUUGAUCACCAAGUUGGUCUAGCGUCUCUAGUCCGUGACUUCGGAACUAACGACUUUCGCAACAACAUGAUCGGCCAUGCAGCCAUUGGCAAUAUCUUCAACCUGCCAACUGUCCUGACCACUUCCUCUGACGUCGGACCUAACGGUCUCAUGCUAAAGGAGAUUGGAGAGGUCAAUGCCUGGGAUAAUGCCGAUUUCCGCGCCGCUGUUCGUGCUACUGGAAAGAAGCAGCUCAUCAUCGGUGGAAUCGUGACUGAAGUUUGCACGACCUUCUUGGCCCUCUCGCUUAUUGAUGAGGGGUAUGAAGUUUUCGCAAACACCGAUGCUAGCAGCACUUUCAAUGAGAGACUUGCUGACGAGGCGAACCGAAGAAUGGAAAAGGCGGGCGUUACUCUUAUGGGUUUGUUCAGAAUUGUUUGUGACCUGAUGCGUGAUUGGAGAAAUACUCCUGGUCUGGACCAGCUCCUUCCAUUUCUUGAUAAGUAUCAAAUUGCUUAUGGACUGGUGGCACGCAACCAUGCUGGUGCAAUUGAAAAUGGUACCUUGUUCCCAGUUGAGCAGCUUUUGCUAUGA